UUUAACCCGCGGUUUUAUUCCGCCAUUUAAAAGCCCGGGCACCACGCCGCGGCCUUGGUUCGCCUCCACCUCCACGCCCCCCACAUCCCACUCGCCUCUGCUCCCUUCUCCCUCCCCACCCACAUCUCCACCUCUCUCUCUCUCUCUCUCUCUCUCUCUCGCCGUCGAGGUUUGGUGACCGAGCUGAGCCGCGGCGGAAGCCAUGGCCGCCGUCGACGCGGACGCAGACGCGCUGGCCGCCGACAUCAUCUGCUCGCUCCGCGCGGCCGACCUCGAAGGGUGGACGCCGCCGUGGUGCAAGCCAGGGCCCGCGCCGAAGCGGAAGGGGGAGCUGAUCUGGCCGGCGGUGGUGCGGGGGAAGCGGUCGCGCCGCCGCUCGCCGUCGGCGGGGUCGGCGGCGACGGCCUCAGGGAAGGGGAGGUGGGGCCGGGCCAGCCCGGCGUCGCCGCUCGACAACAGCGGCGGCUCCGGCUCCGGCGCCUCCACAAGCGGCGGCGAGGACGGCGGUUUCUGCUCGCCAGGACACCGCCGUGCGCCGGCGACCAAGGUGGGUUUCAUCGAACGGCCGCAGCUGACCUUCCAAACCCCUGCUCCACGGCCCACCGGUCAGCGACCACGGAAGAAAAUGAGGCUACCGGAGGUCCAGCAGCUGGUGCGGUCUCUCGCGGUGGAGAAUGAGAGCCUCCUCGAGGAGAUGCGGGCUUUGCAGAGAGCUUGCAAUGCGCUGUCAAAAGAAAAUGACAAGCUUGAGACAAGAUUGGAACAAUCCAACUCGCAGAAUGAAAUCACAUCAAAGGAGCAGAAUGGAAAGCAACAGAUUGAUCAACGGUUGGUUACUCAGUCCCCACGAGACAGCUUCGUGCUACCAGAUCUCAACCUUCCUCCACAGGACACUGCCUAUGUAUCAUCAAUCCACUGAUCACUCCAGUUUUCUAUCAAUCCACUGGUCACUCCAGAUUUCUGCGACUUUGUUAACCGAAUAACAAGUGUACAUAGAGGAUGCAAGGUAGCAGGCUAGAAGGCGCACCGCCACGUCAUCCUUGGAGAAUGACACAUAUUCGAUAAGUUGUUAGAUUAAAGAGUUUAGUACCACUAUAGUCCUAAGUGAUAAGCCACGCUGUAGCUAAAGCAGAGACGAACUCACCUGACAUUGUUUUGCCUAGCGCAUCUGCAUAUGGUAGAGCUGAAGCUAGUUUCAGCUCAAACUGACCUCCACAAUGCAGUGGAUUUAGAUGAAUUUAUUCAUGUUAUUUGUUCAAUUAAGUGAAAUAUUACCUGUGAUCUGGCGUUUGUGAGGAGAACACUGUUACUUAUUUUCUGUCUGGUUUGUGGAUCUAUGGUUCCUCCAGUUGCAGCUAAAGAAAGUAUCCAAGGUUUUUACUCCAUGCAAA